AUGCAGACCGAACUACGAAUUGUCCACUUCAACGACAUAUACCAUCUCCCAUCAACCGAUCUACUGUCCCGCUUCACGCGAAUCCAACAAUCCUUCCUAGGCAGCAUUGCAGGCCUGACUAUCUUCAGCGGUGAUGCCUUCUCGCCAUCGCUGGAAGCCAGCGUGCUAAAAGGUGCACAUAUGGGUCCGGUUCUGGACUAUGUAGGCGUUGAUCUGGCAUGUUACGGUAACCAUGAUUUUGAUUUCGGCAACGACAGACUCGUGGAACUAUCUAGCCACCUCCGAUUCCCAUGGGUUUUAUCAAACGCGCACCACGCCGGAGAGAAGGACCGGCUUCUCGCCUGCGCACAAGAAUCCGUUACCUGGACUGUCGACGGGGUAAAGAUUGGAUUUUUCGGCUUAGCCGGGACAGACUGGCCAUCUAACUGUGAAAACCUCCCCUUAUCAACUGUUCUCCCGCCGGUGGAAACCGCGCAACGUCUAGCGCACCGGCUACGCACGCACGAGGGAUGCGACGUCGUCAUUGCAGUGACACAUAUGCGUCUCGCGGAGGACAUGCAGGUUAUGCAAGCCACGAUAUCAGGAGAGAGUCGAGUGGAUUUACUCCUCGGGGGACAUGACCAUGAAGUUGUACGACGGUAUGGACAUGACACGGAGACGAAGCCGGAGGUGAUUGAGCAGGGACGAGCGAACGAGGAGAUAGUGUAUCGCGGGAGGGUGGACUCUUGCCGGGGGGAUAUUCGCAUCGUGAAGAGUGGGACGGAUUGGAGGGGAUUAUCGCUUGUUCGGAUGCUGGUAGAUAAGACGGAUGGAGUGGUCUCUGUUUCUACACAAUUAACACAAUAUACCGAUAUCCAAACCGCGAUUGAACCCAUCUCUCCUGCACCUGAAGAAAAGGUGAUGCUCACGACAAUCCAUGACCAGGUGGGAGCAUUGGUGCAAGAGCCAGUUCUGCAUUGCGCUGUUCCGCUGGACGGUCGCAGCACCGUUGUGCGAAGCCAAGAGACAAAUCUGGGAAACAUGCUCGCGGACGCGGUGCGGGCAUUUUACCAGACCGAUAUAGCAUUUUUCAACAGCGGAGCCAUUCGAUGCGAUAGGAUUAUCGAUCAGACAGUGAGUGGGAAACCACUACUAGUGCGCGACAUCAUCAAUAUCUGUCCAUUCGAAAACACCCUCCUCGUCAAACGCAUUUCAGGAAAAACCCUGUACCAAGCACUUGAAAACUCUAUCAGCGACAUGCACACCGAUGGACGAUUCCUGCAAGUCUCCGGUCUGCGAAUCCGCGCCACGUGGCAGCGUCAGCAGGGUUCACGCGUGCUAGACGUGUUCCUCGAUCGCGACGACACGAGAAUCAACCCGCAAGGGAUGUACACCGUCGCAUUAGCGGGGUUCAUUGCGCAGGGGUUUGACGGAUAUACAUGGUUUCCGAAAGAGGAGACGCUGGUGGGCGCGGAAGCCGCCAUGACGGAUACGGGACUUAUGUUGCAGGUUUUUGAACACGGAGAGCCUGUGCAAGGGAAUAGUGUGCAUGAUAUGGGGAUUGAAAGGGCCAGGAGGGCUGUUGUGUCUGGUAGGGUGGAUGGGUUUCCAGUUGUGAGUCCGGUUGUGGAUGGGAGGAUUCAGUUUGUGGAAAUUCAUAUUGAUGGAUUAGAUAGACACUAA